UAAUCUUAUUUUUUACUCCAAAUAUAGAGUGAAAAAACAAGACUACUCUAUAUUUCACUCUAUUAUAAAGUAACUCUAUUAUAGAGUGAACCAUUGGAGCAAAUCCAACUCUAUAAUAGAAUUACUCUAUUUUAAAGUGAAAUAUAGAGAAAAUUAUAGAGUACCAUUGGAGAUGGUCUUAGUAAGUUCUAACACACAAUAACACUAAGAGCAUAGUUUUUGAGGUGUCAUCUUCAAUUCAUUUAGAGAGGUCUUCUCUUGCAAGACAAUGGAUAAGCACUUAAGCUGAAUAUAGGAAUAGAGUUUGCUAUCACUAGGGUAAGGGUCCUGAGUAGGGAUGUCAAAUGGGUGUGAUAGUCCAUGGGUAAUCCAUGUCCAAAUUAAUAUGGGCAUACCCAUAUUUGACCGUAAUUUUGUUUUGUCCAAAUGGACAAGGCCCAAAUACACCCAUAUCCAAAUGGACAAAACCAGAUGGACAUUGGGCGGCUAAAAUUUUAAAAAUAUCUAGGAUUAAUGUAUUUAGAGAAAAAAUCAUGUUUUCCGCCAAAACCAUAAAAUCAUAUGUUCCUGUUAAAACCGUGAAAUCAUGUUUUCUCGCAAAAUCGUAAAAUCACAUUUUCAUGUUAAACCCGUAAAAUCGCGUUUUAUGCCAAAACCGUAAAAUCAAGAUUUCUCGCCAAAACCGUAAAAUCGAGAUUUCCUGCCAAAACUGUAAAUCUAGUUUUCCGCCAAAACCGUAAAAUCGAAUUUUCAAGUUUUUCCACCAAAGCCGUAAAUCGAGUUUUCCCGCCAAAAACGUAAAUCGAGAUUUUUCCGUCAAAACCGUAAAAUCAAGAUUUUCUGCCAAAACCAUAAAAUCGAGUUUUCCCGCCAAAACCGUAAAAUCGAAUUUUCCCGCCAAAACCGUAAAAUCGAGAUUUCCCUCUAAAACCGUAAAUUGAGAUUUCCGGCCAAAACCGUAAAUCGAGAUUUCCCGCCAAAAUCGUAUCUAUGCUUUUGAAUUCUACAAAACAUAAUGAAAAUAUUAAUUAUGAAUUUUUGUAUAUUAACACAGAUUUUUUAAUUGGACUCCACGGAAAGCCCAUUUGGAAUGGUCCAUUUUGGGUCUAGACAAUUUGGAUUUGGUACAAUUUGGGCUUAAAAGAGUAAUGUCCAAUAAACUGCUUUGCCCAUUUGGAAAUGUCCAUUGGACAUGGACGCCCAUUUGACAUCUCUAGUCCUGCGAAGGCUUCUCUUCAUGAUAUUAAAGUUUUAGCUCGGUUGUAAUUUUGAAAUAUUUUUUUUCUGUUUGUCAUGUACUUCAAUAGUUACUAGAUUUUGACUCGUGCUUUCAAAACGCAGGAUUUGUUUCUUUUUAAAUAAAGAUUUUAUAUAAUAAAUAUGGUCGGUUAUAAAUAUGGUGCGGGAUUGAUUGUAAAUAUUUUAGUUAUAAAUAUGGCAAGCUAAUUAAUUACGGAUAAAAAAACUAUUUAAAAAUGAUGGGUUAUAAAUAUAGCAUGCAAAUUAAUUAAAAAAAUCCAAAUUAGAUAAUGACAUUCUCUUAAAAAUAAUUUCCAAAACUAUGGGCAGAAUAUAGAGAUUCUGCUUUAAUAGUAUAGAUUGUUAAACCGAUGAGAAUGACAGUUUAAAAAAAAAAAUUAGAUACGUACAUGGUCACCACAAAAUAAAGAUAUGAACAUUUGUAACCGAUAAAAAAAUCAUCGAUUAAUUUAAAUCCAGUUGAUUCAUUUUCUGAAAUUUAUUACAAAAUUUAAUGUUGAAAAUAAAUGCCUCGAUUGCUUCAUCACAUUCCGAAACCGUUUCAACGCAUCAAGAGAGAUUUGACCAUUUGAAUUCCCGCCAUAGAAAGCGUCCCAUUUACACCUCCUUCUCUUUCCACAUCUUUUAUAUAUAUAUAUACGUAUCCUAAUUUUAGGAUGCAGCAUCUGAAUCAUCUGAUAUCUUUUUGGGUAAGUCAUAACUCCGCUUCGAUUUUGAUAUCCCGUGAAUCAGUAUCGCCUUUGAUUUAGCUAUUACGGAUUUAUGAUUAUUGUUUUGAUUUAGGUAUUUAAUCUCUAAUUAUCAUGCAUCAUAUUCAAUGGUUUCUUGUUUGUAACUGUUCCUUUUCUCAGUUUAGUUUCUUAUAUGUAUGCUUAGGAGAUUUUAAGUGGACCAGUGCAACCGGAGAAGAAGAUGGAUCUCUUCAACAAGUUACCGGACCCUGUUGUUUCUCACAUCUUGUCCUUUCUUCCAACAACUAAGGAGGCUGCUUCCACGUCUGUUCUAGCAAAAAGAUGGCGUAAUCUUUUUGCAUUUGUCCCUAACCUCAAUCUCGAUGGAGAUUCCAAGAGUUUCAUGGAUUUUGUGGAUAGGGUUUUGGCAUUACAAGGUGAUACUCCCAUUAAGGAGUUCUCUCUCAAUGCUAAAACCGGUGUUGAUCCUGAUCGUGUGGAUCGUUGGAUAUGCAACGUGCUGCGACGCGGUGUUACUCACCUUGAUCUAUUCGUGGCGUUUGGCGAGGAAUAUUCUCUGCCUCAUGAGAUAUCUGUUAGCAAGACGUUGGUUGAGCUGAAAACAGGAUAUGGAGUCGAUCUUUACGCGUGGGACGAUGACAUGUUCUUACCAAAUCUUAAGAAUCUUAUUCUUGUCUCAGUUGAGUUUGGUAGAGGUCAGUUUCAGACACUUCUUCCUGCUUGUCCCGUCCUCGAGGGAUUAAUGUUGCUUAAUAUGAGGUGGAGAGAUAGAAACGAGAUCUUGUCGAGUCCAUCACUCAAGAAGCUUAAGAUAUCUGUCGCAGAAGGCUGUAUAGGCACUUUCUCAUUCGAUACGCCGAAUCUUGACUUCUUGGACUACGAUGAUUUUGUUGCCGAGGAUUAUCCAGUGGUUAACAUGCCAAACAUAGUUGAGGCUGGGAUCAAUAUUGAACUAACUCCAUUUAGAGUCCGUGGAGCAAGGGAUAAUCUGGUGAAGCUUAUUCAUGGCAUUCGAAACGUGAAGAUACUUUACUUAACUCCUGUAACUUUCGAGAUACUUUCUCUUUACUGUAAAACGAUGCCGGUUUUCGAAAACCUUACAACUUUGAGUGUUAAGAGUGUUAUGAUUCAAGGAUGGCAAGCAAUGCCAAUUCUUCUGAGGAGCUGUCCACGGUUAGAGAGUCUAUACAUUGGGGAUCUGUUACACUCUAUAACGGAUGCAUGUGGGGAUGUUUGUGUCUGCCUUUCAAAGUGGAUCAAAGGAUUGUCGCUCAAGUCUUGCCAUGUGAAGAAGAUGAGGAUUUCAGGGUUUAGAGGAACAAUAAGAGAGGUGCACAUGAUAAAACAUUUCUUGGAUUAUUUGCCAAGUCUGAAAGAGAUGGAGAUAGUUGUCGAAGAGAAUGAAGAUACAAUGUUUGAUAUUCCUAAAUGGUUAGAUAUUGUGGGGGAGACACUGAUGCACUUCAACGAGACGUCGAGUUGCAAUGUCAUAUUCUGGAUGCAUGCUUUCUUGUACCGGAGAUUGACUCGGAAAUGGAGUCCUCGAGGAUGAAAAGUUGCUCUUGCAAUGUCUUUUGUUAUUUUAUAUUUGUUUGAAGUACUAUUGGAUUCAUGUUCAAGAUGAUACACCAUGGUUGUUUCUCUGCAAUUUUUAAGUUUACUUUUUCACAAUCCUUGCCGUCUGAAGCAAGUAAUUUGCUUCUUUCUCCUAAAAAAAUCUUGGGAAAAUUGCUAAAAGAAAACAAAAAAACAAGGUUGUUGUCCCCUUGGUAUAAAACUAACAUAAAGUUGUCUCAAUAGUAUAAUUUUUCUCAUAAUCCCAAAACUAACCCUAUAUUUAAUCUAAUUAAACACAAUUUAAAAGUUAAUUUGAAUUUAAAAAAAAAAGUUAAUGGAAAAAAGGAAAAAAACAGUUGAAAGACAAUCGAAAAAAAAAGAGGUAUAUAUAUACAUCAUAGAGAACAAGAGUUUAUGAGAA